CCCCCAUCACGUUACAUCUUUUGCCCCAAAUUAACUAAACAUAGCUAAUACACUGCAGAUCAAAACUCCCUUACUUUAUAUACACAUAUUAGUUCAUUAGCAUACUUUGGGUUUAACUUUGAUCGGCCGAAUAUGGGGCGAUCGCCGUGCUGCGACAAAGUCGGGCUGAAGAAAGGGCCGUGGACGCCGGAAGAGGAUCAGAAGCUUUUGGCCUAUAUUGAGCAGCACGGCCAUGGCAGCUGGCGUGCUCUGCCUUCCAAAGCUGGUCUGCAAAGAUGUGGAAAGAGUUGUCGUCUGAGAUGGACAAACUAUCUAAGACCUGAUAUUAAGAGAGGCAAAUUCAAUGUACAAGAAGAACAAACCAUUAUCCAACUCCAUGCUCUUCUGGGAAACAGGUGGUCCGCCAUAGCCACGCACUUGCCGAAGCGGACGGAUAACGAGAUAAAGAAUUACUGGAAUACCCAUCUGAAAAAGCGGCUGGCGAAGAUGGGGAUCGAUCCGGUGACCCACAAGCCCAAGAGCGACGCCCUCCUGACAUCCUCCCACGACGGCAACUCCAAGAGCGCCGCCCAUCUCAGCCACAUGGCCCAGUGGGAAAGCGCCCGCCUCGAAGCCGAAGCCCGCCUCGCCCGGCAAUCCAAACUCCGGUCACCUUCCACCGCCGCUCUCGCCCCGGCUGCCGCAUCUCCGGCGUGCCUUGAAAUUCUAAAGGCCUGGGGUAGCCUCGACAGUGGGCCCUUCUCUCUCGCCGGACUCGAGGAUCCCAUCGAGUCUCCCACGUCGACUCUGAGCUAUUCCGACAUCAAGCCGCCGCCCAUGUCUGGAAUGCCGGCGCCGGAGCAUUUACAGCCGGAGUUCAAACACGUCGCCGAGUUCCCGCCGGAGAUGAUGGAGAGCGCGUGGACGCACGACCAGAUCCCCAGUGGGAAUUUCGUGGAGAGGUUCACGGAUCUCUUGCUGAGUGCGAAUUCGACGGAGGAACGGUGCUUGUCGGAGGCCGGUAGCACCGAGUCCGUGAACGCCGGCGACGGCACCGGGGAUCAUUGUUAUGAAGAUAACAAGAUUUACUGGGACAGCAUACUAAAUUUGGUUAAUUCUUCGCCGUCGGAUUCGCCUAUGUUUUAGAAGCACAGAAUAAUAGAGUAAAAAUUUCAUUUCCUUCUACACGUUUUGCAAACGAUCUUACUUUUAUCUGUAUCACAGACAAUUCAUUUUAGUCGAAUGCUGAAAAUUAUCUGUUACACGAACAAAAUAUAGAGAACGUGUACGAAAUGUGUCUGGGGGUAUGUACAACAAAAAUUGUUCUAAGAUAGAGUAUGGUGUUGAUUGUAUUUAGUGUCGUUAUUUUGAAGAAUUUCACUCAGGUCGCCUUUAAAAGUCUACAUUGUAUCCUAAACACCAAACGUUUAUUCAUUAUUAUUGUCGUUUCUAUCAUAAACCGG